GGGAGCGCGCGCGCGCGCGUGCGCGGGAGGGGGCGGGUGGGGAAGCAGUGGCAGCAAGCUCCCGGAGGCGAGGCUCGCGCGCCCGCCCCCGCCCUGGCCCCAGCGCCCACCCGGUCGGCCCCGGCCCAGCCAUGAUCAAGGCCAUCCUCAUCUUCAACAACCACGGGAAGCCGCGGCUCUCCAAGUUCUACCAGCCCUAUAGUGAAGAUACGCAACAGCAAAUCAUCAGGGAGACUUUCCAUUUGGUGUCUAAGCGAGAUGAGAAUGUUUGUAAUUUCCUAGAAGGAGGAUUAUUAAUUGGAGGAUCUGACAACAAACUGAUUUAUAGACAUUAUGCAACACUAUAUUUUGUCUUCUGUGUGGAUUCCUCAGAAAGUGAGCUUGGCAUUUUAGAUCUAAUUCAAGUAUUUGUGGAAACAUUAGACAAAUGUUUUGAAAAUGUCUGUGAACUGGAUUUAAUAUUCCAUGUAGACAAGGUUCACAAUAUUCUUGCAGAAAUGGUGAUGGGAGGAAUGGUAUUGGAGACCAACAUGAAUGAGAUUGUUACACAAAUUGAUGCCCAAAAUAAACUGGAGAAAUCUGAGACCUUUAUCUUUCAGUCUCCCAGACAGGACAGGUAGACAAGCAAAUAGUUUACACUGGCCUAUUUUGUAUCAGUCAAGAUUUUUCUCAGGUAACAACAGCUUUAUUAUUAUUAUUAUUUUAAUUAAAAGAGGUAGGAUUACAGAAGAAAAAUGUAAAUUAUGAAAAGGGACUUUAAAACUACUGCUUCUAAUUUCAUGGAUAUUGUCUUUUUCAUAUAUGUAAUUGAGCAAAGGAGAAGGUGUUGCUUGUUUUGUGUAAAACAAUGCCACUGAACUCAGAUAUAUUUGUUGGCUUUGCUGUUUAUAUAGUCUGAAUUUUUAAAAACAAUGAAAUCUUAUUGCUGUAUGUUAAAUCUUGACAGUGAAGCCUAUUAAUAUAACUCAAAACAUUAUAUAUGUAUUUUUCUUUCAUUUUUAAGUGUAGUUUCUAACAAUUUAUUUGACAAAUUAUAAAUGUUCCUACUAGAGGAAGCCAAAGCACUAAAGGUGAUAACUGGAAAUUUGAAAUUCAUUUCUUUAUAUAUACUGUUUUUUUCUCCAAGUUUGUGUGGUUGAAACUCAGCAUAUAUUGUUGAGUCUAAUUCAGAGGACAAAGCAUGUUUAAUCACUAGAUUUCCACUAAUGGCUUGCUUGGGAGAGUCUCCAUGCAGUUUCAGCUUUGGGCAGAAUUACUCUUUUUGGACUAAGGCUUCCCUAAAGGUGUAAUUUUUUUU